AUGAGUCUGUGCAGCUUGGACUUGGCCUGUGACGUGGUCAGUCCAAAGUCGAACUGGAGCAGGUCGUCCAAAAUUGUUGACGAGAUGUUCAGGUCCUGUUUCAGGAUGGCCUUGACUUCCUUGGCUGUCAUGGUGAACCCGAGCUCGGCCAGAAUCCGGCUCACCACCACCAUUUGUGGACGGUCAAUGCCGCAGUACUCCAGCACGGUAUCCAGCAGGUUGCAAUGGUUGAGCAUGAUCUUAACGUUGGAAUGUUUCAAGAACGGGAACACCGCAAUGAUCUCGGAUGCGACCUUGAUGCAUUCGGCGUCGAAGAACGGUAGCAGCUCUGGUGGCUCGCCUGGCUGCGAAACAAUAUCAAAGUCGAUCUCUUUGUACUUGGUUGGCCCAGACCCCUCGUCUUUAUCGAUCGAACGGUACACAUCGUCGAUACGGUAG